CCCCUCUUGAACAUUUACUACCAUCACCUCUACCAUGGGCUCUGCAAGGCGAAGUAACUUACGCUCUCGAACGACUCGCUCGUCGAAAGCCAAGCUUUUGACCGAUCCCACUUCGUCUACCGCUGAAUUACAGAGCCAGCUGCGGUCACUGGGUCUCUAUGCGGCGCCGACGGUUGGGGAUGGGAAUUGCCUUUUUCGCGCUCUUUCCGAUCAAUACUACGGCUCUCCGUCGCGACAUGCGCAAGUGAGGCGCGAUGUGUGUGAUUGGAUUGCUCAACACCGUGAACGGUAUGAGGGCUUCGUCGACGUGGACGAAUUCGGGAGUGGGAAGGAAGGUUUGGAAGGGUACUUGAGGGGCAUGCGGGAGAAUGCUACUUACGGCGGCCACAUGGAACUUUCUGCGUUUGCGCAUCUUACGAAACGGAACAUCAAGGUCGUCCAGCCCGGCCUGGUGUAUGUCAUUCAGUGCGAAAGCCCCAAGACGCCGCAUACUUCUGCGUCCAUCAUCAAGCAAGAGGAGGAAGACCAGGUGAUGGACCUCGAUGGAUUGAACGAUCGCGACCGUAGAAGGAUAAGACGGGACAAGAGGCGCGCCGAUAAUGUUGAGGAAGAAGGAGAUCCCCCGGACGGUGAAGACGAGGACGGUACUAGUGGUCCAACAAUUUAUGUUGCAUACCAUGACUGGGAACAUUUCUCCUCUAUCCGUAACCUUCGGGGUCCCCAUGUUGGACUGCCAUGUAUUCAGGAAACACAGGCCUCCGAUGAAGACGGCGAUAUCAUUCCGUCAUCUCCAGUGAUAUCGAAGAAUGCAAAGAAGCGGGAAUUAAAGAACGCAAUGAAGAGGAAGACCGUAGCCAAAGUUAGACUGCGUCUUUCACAUCCUUCACCAGCCGAUCCCAGUCAAGUCCCUCUACCCGUCACGCCUGCACGCUCGGUUUCUCCUGCUUCAACGUAUACACCACCUCCACCCUCGACUUCGCCUACCCCCGCUCCUCCUAAUCUUAAUUCAUUACUACCCCCUACCAGGCUGCAACGGUCACCCAAACGGUCAUUCGACGAGACGUCAGCAUCGGGCUCAUCCGAAACCACAGACACCUUCAAGUCUCAAGAAGAGGACGAGCGUGAAGGACGAGCUAAACGAACACGUACCAACGCCGCUAUCCAAGCGAUCAUCGAUGAUUUUGACGAACCAUUGUCAGAGCUAUCCUCCUCCGAAUCAGAAGACGAUGACGACGAUGAGCAGUCACCACCGCGCACUACGCCCUCGUUAUCACCUGCCUCCUCAGCCGCUUCGUCCUCGGAGUCGUCGUCGUCACGAGGUUCUCCAGCGCCUGUCAUUGCGGAGAAACCGCUGACACGGCGACAACGGAAACGAUUGGGGUUACCCAAGAGCCGUCCGAGUGCUGGAAAAAUCAUCAUCCCUGGUGGACGUUAUGUCCCAAGUGGUGUCCAGGUGACAAAUGCUGACGCCGAUGACGAGGAAUGGCGGCGUAAUGGCAGCGGACGUGUCGAUGUAAGAGGAUUCCGGGAACUCAAGAUAUAAGACCUGCGGGCCAGGCCGCUGGUAUAUCUGCGUUUUUUCUUCCAAGUCCUGUCCAAGUUUUCGUUCCUCAUCAUUGCAUUUGCAUUGCAUCGGACUUUUUUCUAGCACAUUUGUUACUUAUUUGUCAAUUUGUCCAUACAUUUACAAGUAUCAUCAGCAGUACAAUAGUAUUUUUAGAGGCACGCAACAAUCACGACUUUCAUGAGCAGUGUAACCUUUUGUGCAGAGAGUGGAUUUUAUUUGGUGCGAGUAUGUAAGAGGAUUAGGUUAUUUUUAUUGUUUAUUUAUGCAAAUGCACACUUUGGUUCUGUACCGCC